CCUCCUCUGCCCCUUCUGCCAACAUGCACACCCCUGUCUUCUGCCUGCUCCCUCACCUGAGUGCAGUGGGCUGGGGUGGCCUACUAGAGCCUACUCUAUCUAGCGUGCUAUAGUGAUGGCACUUCGUACUUUGGAAACUUGAGGGAGAAAUAGGAGCUCCGUUUCUUCCUUCCCCGCCCCCUGGUGGUCUUCUUUCCCUUUGUUUUAUGCCCACAAAAAGAAAUUUCCUGUCUAAACUCCUGCUGCCUGCCUGGGGAGCAAAGCUGGGGCUUUGGGCUGCCGGAAUCCCUUGGUCUCUAAGCUGGCUGGCUCCUGGUUGUGUGUUCCAGUGGGUCUGCCCAUCCAGCCUAGCAGGUGCCUCUGGCAAGACCAGGGCCUGAGGGUGAGUCCUGGAACCUGUUUGCCAUCUGACAGAACCCAAAGUACAUCCUUGUCCCUUCUGCCAGGUGCUCCCUUCCAGAAGAAAUGCUCAGCGUGAUUAGGGAUCAUGAUGGGGCUGGGUCUGGUUAAGGGUUUUUACUGAUGUCUUUUAAGAGGCUAAGGUCCUUUACAACCGCAGGCCAGCUGCUGAAUAAGGCAGACUGCCUUUUAUGAGAAAAUCCUGCUUCUGUUUUUAUCCUGGCUUUGCCUCUGGGAACUAUUAUGAGGCAGUACUGCAGCACCUGCUGGACUGGAAAAUGGGACGUUUGUGUGGGGUCUGGGGUAAAGUCAGCCACUUUUCGAUAGCUGCCCACUGCUCUCACCUGUCAGGGUUCUUGCAGGUGGUACCUUUCCCUGCAGGGUCAUUUACUUAGCUCCAUUCAGCUUUUGCUAAGAGGGUAAUGACCACAGUCUUAUGCUCAGGGAGUAGUGGCCCUCUGUGUGUUUGAGCGGGGAGGUCCCUAGGGUAGCAGGGACUUUGCUUCAUUCACAGCUAUGUCCCCAACACCUAGCACUGGGCCUAGUAUGCAGUUAGAUCAAUAAACACUUGUGGAAUGCAUGACUGUGCUGGCUGCUUGUGUCCACCCGAUGGGAAAGCUGGAGACCCUCACGUGAGGCCAGGUUACUGGGGUGCUCUGCCUGCUAGGCUGGCUCGCUCUGACACAGGACACCUCCUGUGUCCUCUCCAUCCUGUCCCCUCCUCCCAUUUGACCUUACUCUCCUGAUGUCCUGAAUGUGGGAUUCAAGCCUCAGCCCUUUACUGAACUUUGGCCCCUGGAGGCAGGGCAGUCAGCAGUGGGAGGUCAAGCCCCCAGCUGUGAUUCUGAGCAGCUUAACCAGGCUUGGAAGGCCCAAUCCGCCCUCAUCAGCUGGAAGCGCCUGGGGCUGUUUCCCUGGUGCUUGGACUCACUGUACCGUGUGCUCUAAAGCCCCGCCUGCCCUUGAGGCUCCCCGCCCCUCUUCUGAUCCCCUUUGUGGGAGAGAAAUUUGACCGAGCCGGGCCUGGACUACAUCUCCCAGCGUGCCUGACGGAGUGGUGGCCUCUCUGCGUCGGCUGCACUGAUCACGGGCAACAAUGCAGCGGGCAGUGAGCAUGGUGGCCCAUCUGGGCUUGCGUGGGCAGCCUCUCCCCUCGGUCUCAGGCCGUCUGCUCAGUGGCUCACAGGACGUGCUCCGCAGGACACCACUCUAUGACUUCCACCUGGCCCAUGGCGGGAAGAUGGUAGCAUUUGCGGGCUGGAGUCUGCCAGUGCAGUACCGGGACAGCCACAUUGACUCACACCUACACACACGCCAGCUCUGCUCCCUCUUCGACGUGUCCCACAUGCUACAGACCAAGAUAUAUGGUCGUGACCGGGUGAAGCUGAUGGAGAGUCUAGUGGUUGGAGAUAUUGCAGAGCUAAGGCCAAACCAGGGGACUCUGUCGCUGUUUACCAACGAAGCUGGAGGCAUCUUAGAUGACUUGAUUGUGACCAACACCUCUGAGGGGCACCUGUAUGUGGUGUCCAACGCUAGCUGCUGGGACAAAGACUUGGUCCUCAUGCAGGACAAGGUCCGGGAGCUUCAAAACAUGGGCAGUGAUGUGGGCCUGGAGGUGAUGGAUAAUGCCCUGCUAGCUCUACAAGGCCCCACUGCAGCCCAGGUGCUACAGGCCGGCGUGACAGAUGACCUGAGGAAAUUGCCCUUUAUGACCAGUGCUGUGAUGGAGGUGUUUGGCGUGUCCAGCUGCCGUGUGACCCGCUGUGGCUACACAGGAGAGGAUGGUGUGGAGAUCUCAGUGCCAGCAGCGGGGGCAGUCCGCCUAGCAACAGCUCUGCUGGAAAACUCAGAGGUGAAGCUAGCAGGGCUGGCGGCCCGGGAUAGCCUACGCCUGGAGGCAGGCCUCUGCCUGUAUGGGAACGACAUUGAUGAACACACCACGCCUGUGGAAGGCAGCCUCAGCUGGACGCUGGGGAAGCGCCGCCGAGCUGCCAUGGACUUCCCUGGAGCCGCGGUCAUUGUCCCCCAGCUGAAGGGCAAGGUGCAGCGGAGGCGUGUGGGGUUAACGUGUGAGGGGGCUCCUAUGCGAGCACAUAGCCCCAUCCUGAGUACCGAGGGCACCGUGAUUGGUACUGUAACCAGUGGCUGCCCCUCACCCUGCCUGAAGAAGAACGUGGCAAUGGGUUACGUGCCUUCUGAGUACAGCCGGCCAGGUACCCAGCUGCUGGUAGAGGUGCGGCGGAAGCAGCAGAUGGCUGUGGUCAGCAAGAUGCCCUUUGUACCCACAAACUACUAUACCCUCAAGUGAGGGUGGCUUGGGACCAGGCCCUCCCCUCCAGGAGCCUUCCUGUAGCAUGGAGGGCAUUCUGUAAGGGGUUGGUCAGGAAGCUGAGGCAGAACACACCGAGGGUAGGUGGUUAGGGUGCAGGUUGGUUUAAAUUGUCUGGUUGAGGAGGCCCACACCAUUUUUACCCCCUCAUCCUAUGCCACUUUAAUUUCAAAACCCCAUUUCUCAGUGAUGGACUAGCUUACCCAAUGUCUUGUUGCAGCCUACACUCCCACUGACCCGACUCUUGCCUGCUAGAGGGCUGUGACAAGCAUCAAUUCUGGCGUGUCCCUUCUGCUCUGCCAGGUGCUGGCUGUGCGGCAAAGGCUCGCCUUUAGGUUAAAGCCUGCCCAACCUACCUCACCAGUUUCUCACACUGCAAAGAGUUAUUACCUUGGGCAGUGCUGGCCACCUCCUCCGGUUUACUCUCCAUGAAUGCAAACUAAUGAUUCCUGAUGUAGAUGGCUGGCCCAGUAGGGCUGCUGUGCCUGUGUGUAAACUUGGGGAUGGCCAAUAGGGCAUGGCCUCACUCUCCCCUAUUCCCAGGUUGGCCCAGCCUGCCGCCCAGUAGCAGACCAUGCCAGGCUCGCCACCUGUUCUGAGCCCCAGGGCUGCAGGCGGGGCCUCCUCCUGGGCUUGCCUUACCCUGGGCUGACCUUCGGUCCUGCAGCCCGUUACUGGACUCCACUGACUCCUAAAAACAUUAAACGAGCUUCCUUCCUUCUU